CGGCAGGGAGGGAGGACAAGUGGGAGGUGAGUGGGCGAAGGGAAUGCAAUACGUCUUUUUUUCGGUUGCGGGGUGGGAAGAGAGUACAAAUACGUAGGUGGCCGCGAGGGAGAGAGGGCACGCGCAAAAAGGUUGUCUGCCCGUCCUUCCCCCCCCCCCUCGGUACCUGCGUUUGCCUCGACCUUGCAUCAUCACCAUCCUCGUCGUCACCAUCAUCGUCUCGACCAGUCCUUCUCAUAGCUCAUCCAUCUACCUCGUCGAACACGACACAACCGCCCAACAUGUCUCUGCACUACCUCCCCCCUGUCAAGCCCUCGGCCAUCGCCCUCGGCACCGCCUUCAACCAUGGCAUUGAGCUCGCCGUCCUCUCCCCCAUCUUCGGCCAGACCUACCAGCGCGCCAAGUCGGCCAACACCAAGGAGGAGUUCCUGCGCUCCAAGGAGGCCAGCGGCGCCGCCGCCGCCUGGGGCACCUCGUUUGUUGGCGCCGCCCUCCAGAGCUACGGCGUCGGCGCCCUCAUCAACGCCACCGGCACCCUCUCCUACAAGGGCGCCGCCUACCUCGGCGGCCUCAUCUUUGCCGCCACCGCCGCCCCGACCUUCCUCGCCCAAGUCUUCAGCGAAAAGAGGCCCCUCGACACCGUCGGCGUCAGCGUCGCCGCCAAGCUCUUCGAGACGGUCGGCUUGUCCAUCUUCUUGACCUGGUGGGGGACUCGCACCAACCCCUUUGAGUAGACGUCCUGUCUUUUGAGGAUGCGUCUGCCGCGAACCU